AUGGCUGAAUUCCUUGUGGAGAUGGUGUUGGAACAAUUUGCUUCAAUCACUCGUCAACAGGCAGAAGAAGGGAUUAGGCUGAUUGCAGGUGCUGACCAAGAAGUUCAAAGGCUUCAAAGCAACUUCGGGUCCAUUCAAGCUCUGCUUGAUGAUGCUGAGAACAGACAGGUUAAGGAAAACGCCGUGAGAGAUUGGUUAGCCAAGCUUAAAGACGUGUCUUAUGACAUUGACGAUGUGCUGGAUGAGUGGAACACGAAGCUUCAGAAAUUGAAAAUUAAGAAAGCUGAAGCUGCAUUUAAUCCACUGAAAAAGGUAUGUUUCUUCAUUCUUCACUAUCUCGGUUGUAGACCAUUGGUUAUGCGCUAUGACAUUGGUGUCAAGAUUAAAGAUCUUGAUAGAAAACUAAAUAUUAUUGCUGCGGAAAAAGAGAGGUUCACCUUUAGAUCAAUUGCAAAGGGGAACGCAGAUAUACAACGGCCAACGACAACCUCUGUUGUUGAUUUAACAAAGGUUUAUGGGAGAGAAGAUGAUAAGAAUAGAAUUGUAGAUUUAUUGUUGAGUCAGAGUAGUUGUACGCAAGACCUCUACAUCAUCUCUAUAGUAGGGAUGGGAGGAAUUGGUAAAACAACUCUCAUCAAAUCAGUUUUUAAUGAUAAUAAGGUGAGCACUCAUUUUGAGAUUAAAAUAUGGGUAUGCAUUUCCGAGCCCUUUGAUGAGCUUAGGAUUGCUAAAGCAAUUCUUGAAUCUCUUACAAAUAGUGCACCAAACUUACAUGAGCUAGAAACUGUGGUACAAAACAUACGUCAACUUUUAGACAGAAAGAAGUUUCUUCUUAUCUUAGACGAUGUAUGGACUGAAGAUCCAAAAAAUUGGGAAAAUUUGAAAUCUUCUCUUACGUGUGGUUCUCCAAAAAGUAGAAUUUUGGUGACCACACGAAAAAAGGAAGUUGCAAAUGUCAUAGGAACCACCAAAAUUAUCCUACUAGGGACACUUCCUGAGGAUAAGUGUUGGUUAUUAUUUAGUCAAAUUGCUUUUUCUGGAGAAACCAUUGAAGAAUCUAAUGAAUUGGUGGAAAUUGGUAGGAAACUUGUCCAAAAGUGUAAGGGUUUGCCGCUCGCUGUAAAGACUUUAGCUAGUCUUUUGUAUUAUAAAAAAACUUUUGAUGAAUGGCAAAAUAUCUUAGACAGUGAAAUUUGGGAAAUAGAAAGGGUAGAACAAGAGGUUUUUCGACCUUUACUAUUAAGUUAUUGUGAUUUGCCCUGUACUUAG